AUGGACCAGCCAUCAAGGUCCAAGGAUGAAGAGAACCUCCGGGAGUUCAGUCAAAAACUUACUGACUAUGAAAUGCAUGAACUACGGAUGAUAUAUGAAUACUUCAGAGAUGAUCUGAUCUACGUCGCCCAGAUCUUGAACACUCACAGUUUCCUGGCAGAGUUGAAAUCCCGAAAUGUUCCAAAUGUGGAGAAUUACGAAUCAAUGAAAGAAAGCCUCGGAGCCUCCGUGUUUUCAGAGACGUUGGUACAGGAUGUCUUGGAAGCCGGAAAAAAUGCUGUGAUAGGAUUCUUGGAAAGUCUCUACAGUCUACAGACCAGUCACCCUCAUCACAAUUUACUUGCAGUUCUUUGGGAAAUCCAGAACGUUGAAAUAACGACACUGAAAGAACAAAUAAUAAUGGAUGAAUACGGACACUCUCUUGAUCCAGAAAUGAAAGAAAUCCAAGAUAAGCACAAACAAUAUCUGCUGGAUACAACUCAGAAUUUAGUGGAGUGUAAGCCACCGGGAACCACCCUGAAGAGUCAAGAUUUUCCCAUUUCAGAACGUUUUGUUAAUCUGGUUUUGGUGUCCACAGAGCAACUUAGACAUCGUACUCAGCACGAGCUGAUAGAGAUUGGGGAAAAACACGAAAGCUACUUGUGUAAGACUCAAAGAAGAUUGGAGCGAGUUUCUCUUAAAAGGCUCUUCCGCUGGUGCCGUCAAAUAAAACAAGUGCCGAAUGUGAUCAUGAUCAGUGGUGUACCAGGAGUAGGGAAGACCACCCUAAUGCAGAAGUUUGUCUGUGAUUGGGUGAACAGAAAGCUCUAUCAGCGAUUUUCUUUUGUUUUCUUCUUUAAAUUCCGGGAGCUCAACCGGCUGGAAGAAGUCAGCUUGGAGGAGAUGAUCCUUCAACAGUAUCCAUAUCUAAAUUCUCAGCUUGAAAAUAUCUUAAAGGUCCCGGAACAGCUUUUAUUUAUAUUUGAUGGCUUAGAUGAAAGUCGCCACCAAAUAGACUUUGCAUCCAGACCUCCGAACGCCAACACAAAGCAGAAGCAAGGCCUUGGUGAGAUUUUGGUUAACUUGUUGAGGCAAUCUCUUCUAAAGGGUUGCUCUUUGCUGUUAACCAGUAGACCAGCCAAACUGGCCUCCAUUGAUCCUUACAUUUUUCAGCUAUUUUGUGAGGUCAUGGGAUUUUUUCAUGAAGAAAGGAAGACGUACUUUGGGCAAUUUUUUAUUAACGACAAUGAUUUGGCCUUACGGGCUUAUAAUCACGUGAGGGACAAUGAAGCUCUGUAUACUUUCUGCUACAUCCCAUCGUAUUGCUGGAUCAUCUGCACAGUCUUAUCGAUGUGCUUCAAAUCUCAACAAACAAAGUGCAAUCAGUCAGAAUUAUGUUUGCCAAAAACAGUG